AUGAAGACCGGAGGAGAAGGAGGUUACACCGGGAAACCCAUGACGUGCGACUCUCGUGUAGAAAUAUUCCGGGACCUCAGGAAGGUAACAGAAGAGAAGGAUCAGCAGCUCAUUUUCCUGCAGGAGGUGGGCAACUCAUAUUAUGAGUUGCUUGAGUCACUCCUGCAGGGCCGUGAGCUGGAGGAUGUGGAACUUAAGGAACUGCGACAGGUCAUUGAACGCCAUUAUCAGCCGAAGAAGCGUUUAGCACAGCGUUUUGGCCUUAUGUCGGAGGUCCAGAAGCCGGGGUAA